UCCUUUUGUUUUCUCUGCAUUGAUUGUACCAUUACUAUUUUCAGGUUCUUUUUCGGAUUGAACAGCUGUAUAUCUUUUGUUCCUACCAAUACGACGCAAUCGGUGUUUGGAAUUUCCUCUUCUUGCUCCGCUUGCCUGCGCAUGCUGAGUCUGAGCGGGCUCUCUUUUCCCUGGGGACAAUUUUGGGUUUGCGAUCGGGUUGUUCGCUGCUAAGUCUCUGGUACAUGCGUGCGUGCACUUUGCGGGCUCGAGAAUAGCGUAGUGUUUGUUUUUAGUCCUCCAAUACGUAGUCGGUCACAUACCCACGCCCUUCGGGUUUUCCUCAUGAACAAUCCCCAAUGCAAACGUGUGGGAGCAUAAUUAUGAUGGAGCUUGGCGUGGUUCAGACUCCCGUCCCCCCCCCCCCAAACCAAAAAAAAAGGCUCCAGGAGUUGCGCGUUCGUUGUUUUUCCUUUUGGUCCGGACACUCGAGUCCCAGGUGAUGUUGUUUCUAGUACGCAACGUAUCCGUAGCAUUGAUCCUUACACACCCCUUGUAUACAUUCCAAAGGUGGUUAGCGUGGAUAUGGAAGUUGGCAUCGAAUAUUUAGUGCAACGGGUGAUUAUCACCUGGCGUCCACAUGCAUGUGGAUGUACUUCAACUACAGAUCAUCCUCUUGUUCUUAAUAUUCAAUAUUUGAUUCUUGCCACUGGUCUAUCUAUAUCGAUAGCGAUGCCACCCUCACGCAAACAACCGCGUCCAAAGAAAUCUUCCACGAAAGCCCCAUCACUUCCCUUCCCAAAACCACCAUCAUCUCUCGCGCCAGCAAUUCCACCCACGCGUCUGCACGCGCCAUUUUAUCACUACCCUCUUCUUCUCGAUGAUGAAGAAACAGCAAAAUCAUUGCUGGGGUGGUUUGAGGCGACAGAGAGCGAGCGAAGCAUGCCGUGGCGGAAGGACUGGGUUGAUCCGAAGAAAAUCAAGGAAGACGAUGUAGCAGAUGUUCUGGCCAAGAGGGCGUAUGAGGUUUGGGUCAGCGAGAUUAUGCUCCAACAGACGCGUGUCUCGACGGUGAUACCCUAUUUCAACACCUGGAUCUCUAAAUGGCCUACCGUCCAAGAUCUCGCCAAAGCAGAUCAUGACGAUGUCCUCUCCGCAUGGAAAGGAUUGGGCUACUACUCGCGAGCCACGCGUCUCCAUGAAGGUGCCAAACAGAUAGUCUCCCAAUCUAAGUCUGCUUGUCCUAUCCCCAGCACCGCCGAAGCCUUGCAACAAAUUCCAGGUAUUGGCCGCUACACAGCGGGUGCCGUUUCUAGCAUUGUAUUUGGUGUUCCAGAGCCAGUACUGGAUGGUAAUGUCGUGCGUGUGCUGAGUCGACAGUUAGGCGUCUAUGCCGACGGCAAAGACAAAAAGAUCACCGACAGGUUUUGGGAAGUCGCGGAUCAACUAGUGAAACGCGUGUCUGGAUUUCCAGAGGUGGAAACGAGUAAAGUGCCGGGACAGUGGAAUCAAGCACUAAUGGAGCUAGGAUCUACGAUAUGCAUCCCGAGGCCCAAGUGCGAGGAGUGCCCUAUACAACGUACGUGUAGGGCGUAUUCGGAGGGAGUGAUUUUGAACGAGCAAAAAUUGGGUCACAACAACGACAAGCCGAAAUACGACGACAACGUUUUGGAUAUAGAGGAUUUGUGUACGCUCUGCGAGGAAUUGUAUACAGAAGACAUAGCCACUGCUACUCAACCAUCGGACGAAGGUUUGGAUUCGGCUACGAAAUCCACCGACCGCACUCACCAGCAAUCACCGCCCAAGAAGAGGAGAAAGGUCGAACCCAAAAAACAAUCCAAUACAAUCUCAAACUACUUUGCCGUUCGAACAAGGCGCACCGCGGCGACCGCGGCGACGACCGCGCUUCCUCUACUACAAGAAGAUGAGGAAACGAUUCAACAUAAAUCUUCACCGUCACCUUCCCCGAUACCAUCAACCCAACGGAAUAAAUCAUCGCAAAAUCAAAUCCAAACAUAUGCUGCCCUCUUCCCGAAGAAAGUACCCAAGAAGAAACCAGCAGAGCAGGACGCAAUCAUUUGUCUUCUCGAGCUGGCAUCCCCCGGAGCCAUAACUAACAAGAAUGACAGCAAAUUCUUCAUCGAAAAACGCCCGGAUAAAGGUCUCCUAGCUUCAUUGUGGCAAUUUCCCCAAUGCACGCUCUCUUCCGCCGAAGCGGAGUCCCCUGUAUUGCGGAGAGCCGCAGCUACGAAGUUCGUAGCUGGCCUAUUGUCCAAAUCUUCUAUUAGCACAACCACAUGCACAGAAAUUGGAAACGAAAACAAGAAAAUGGCAGCAGGUGGGGAGAUGCAGGCCGAUUAUAUAGCCGAUAUGGGAUCUUUGUUGCAUGUGUUCAGCCAUCUAAGGUUGACCAUGCAUGUGCUACAUUUCCGUAUCUCAAUGAGGAGUCAUAUCAAAGAAGAGCAGCCAAACAGCAUUAGUGGUCGCAGGGAGAAAGGGAACGAUAGUGGUAGUGUUGAAGAGGGUGAGGCACAGACACAGACACAGUCCCAACAGCGUACCAAGUGGACCCCUGCAUGCAAGAUGGAGGACGAAACGCUGUCAACAGGGAUGCGUAGAUGUUGGGAGCUGUUCAGUUUCACGGAAUAG